AUGUCUGCUUCCGAAUCUUACUCUGACGAUAGUUCGACAUCGUGUGAGUCCGAUUUGGAUACAAGCGAGGAAUACGAGCUAGAAGUGGAAGAAUAUGACUCGCCUUCAGAGAAAGAGCCGCAAGAAGAAUCAUCAACUCAGGCUCAGUUUGACUGCAAUAAUCAUCAAAAUAGUGCUGGAGCAGUGGUUGUUCCUUACGAGGAAGAGCCUAUAGCAGAUGACGAUUGGGUUGAGCGAUACGAAUCAGAAAAAGAGACCGCGAGAAUUCACUUUGAGGAACUCCAACAACGUUUAGACGGAACGAUUCCGACAAGUCAAUGGUAAAUACAAAAUAUAUUUUAUGGCAUGUCACAUUGGGUCGUGUUUGCACUUUUAUAGACUAUACAGAUUUGAGUAAAUUGUAUGUUUUUUAUUUAAAAUACUUAGGUGCAAGUGUAACAACUGCGACACAAGUCUGUUGCAGAACGAGUACGAAACUCAAUGUUGUCAAGAAAUUGAUCGAUGCACCAAGGCAUUGAGUUCCGAUGAUGUCUUACAAGACGUCGAAAUACCCCCUACUUGUGUGCUUAAUCAUCCAGGGUUUAGAAUCAAUUGCCUGGAGAAAUGGUCCUUAAAAAUGGCUGUACCAAAAUACAAAACAAAAAUUGGAAAAAGAUAUCGCCAACAAGGAUCAGAAGAAACGUGAGUUUUUUCCACUAUAAAUCUGCUUUUUACAGUGGGCCAUCCAUUUUAUAAAAUUCACCCCCUGUAGACGAGUUCCACUUUUGUUGAUAUAACUAUAUAUCAAUACAGAAAAAAUGUUUUAUAAUAUACCACAAAAAAAUGUAAAGAAAGAAAUCUUCAGACGUUUCUGUGUUGAUAUUGAGUUAUAUUAACCCAUGGAGUGGCAAUGCACCCUACUUUAGUAUUUUACUCUGUCUAAUGCCAGACAAUUUCACUUGUCAAGGGGAGAGCGCUGGCGCUUAAUGGGUUAACUGGCCUAUCCGCCCAUGUGUCUAGUUACCCCAUUGAGUGGUGAUGACCCUGAUGCACCCUUUAGUAUUUUACUCUGUCUAAUGCCAGACAAUUUUACUCGUCAAGGGGAGAGCGCAGGCGCUCAAUGGGUUAACACAGCUUAGCCAAUCAGCGUUCAGAAUUUACAAAUGCUACAUUAUAAUAUAUAAUCAUGAAUUCAAAUAUUUUUACUUUCAUUUUAGAUUCUUUCGCUCAAUAGCAUACCGUGAAUUUUCACAGCUUGUGUAUGGUGUGUUGGGUCGGCUGCGAAUACCCCUGCCUGCUUGUGCAUACCAUGCAAUUCGAACACAAUUCCCACCGGGAGACAAGGAAUUAACCGGAUUUGAUGAAGAUGUGUCAGAUCAAUAA